AUGAAGUAAUCGAUGUGGACGGCACACAUUCCUUAAAAUAUGUAACGAGAAAAAACAUGGCGAACGAGAAAUAGCUGGCUGAAUAUGUCUAUUACUAUAUAUAAUUUUUACUUUUCUCAUAACCUUAUUUAAUAUCAAUUCUGUGGUUCUUGUUACCCGCUGCCUCCUAUAAUCUCUGUCAGCUGUCACCUUAGUAUGACUUCUUACCACAGGUUAAAAAGUGAUAUGAGACUUCUGACAACUAUAACAGUGCUUAAAAAUAUGUUUGGGUUUUGGUAUUGUAUUGAAUUAGAAAUGGUCGUUCUUUGACUUCGCUAAGUUCGCGUUAUUUUUAUUUAAUUUUUUGACCUACAUUUACUAAAGUAAAAUUUAACUAAAUUAUAAGACAAAUGUAGACCUUAAGUAUUAUAUUAACGAUUUAAUGUUAUUCAAGUUAAUUUCUAGUUAUUAACGAGAAAGUAAUGCUUUAAAAUGCCUAGUAUUAGAAAAUAUCGACGUGACACUACCGAAGUAAGCUGUUGCCUUAAAUAUGUUAUUUUUGGAGUGAAUGUCCUUUUUUGGUUUCUUGGACUUAUUGUACUAGCGGUGGGUAUUUGGGCGUGGACUGAAAAGGACACCUUUAGUAAUCUUUCAAGACUCACAAAUAUUGCAUUAGAUCCUGCUUUUAUAUUUAUAUGUUGUGGAACUAUUACAUUCAUUAUAGGGUUUACGGGUUGCAUUGGAGCAUUGCGUGAGAACACUUGUUUGCUAGCUUGUUAUGCUGUUUUCCUUGCCUUAUUGCUGCUUGCUGAAAUGACAACUGGCAUAUUAUUCUUCGUCUUUAAAGAUUGGAUUAAAACCCAAGCCACAACUGGAUUUCAAACAUUUAUCACUCACUACAGAGAGGAUCCCGACCAACAAAACCUAAUUGACUGGAUUCAAGAAGAAUGGUUACAAUGCUGUGGGGUAGAAGGUCCUCGUGACUGGGACAGGAACGCCUACUUCAAUUGUUCGAGCGGCGUUGUUGGUUCGCGCGAGGCUUGUGGCGUUCCGUUCAGCUGUUGCCGCACAAAACCGCAAGAUAUUAUACGCAACAAACAGUGCGGUUAUGACGUCAGGAAGCCGACUUAUCAAGUUAGCGAACACGUAAUACACGAGCGAGGUUGUUUGGUAGCGGGUGAAGAUUGGCUCCAACGACAUUUUGCGCCCGUUGCAGCUACAGUCUUAGGACCAUUAGCGUUGCAGAAUUAUGAUAUAGCUAAGAUAAUAUAUGAAAAGGGAUGUUUAGAGGCAGCUGAAGAAUGGUUUGAUCACAAUUUGUUGGUAGUUGCUACUUCUGCUGUUUGCACUGCUUUUGCACAAAUUCUUGGCAUAUGUUUCGCACAGAAUCUCCGAGCUGACAUAUUCGCGCAAAAGUCAAAAUGGCACUGACAGUCAGCCUCUCCUGCCGCCGUGUGACGUCACAGACGUAACACCCGCGACCUCUAUCUGCCGCUCUACACUCACUCUUAAUGCCUGGACACGUCCAUAGAUGGCGCUAACUUCAAGUAUCUUACGGUAUUAUUUUUGUCGUUUAAAAGAAAAUAUCUUAACUUGUUAAAACACGUUUAGUUACGCAUGGUCACAGUUAAAGUCAUAUUGGAUUUUACAUAUGCAUGGCUGAGCGUUGAGCAUGCAAAUUAACAAUGUUGUAAUUAAAUCGUGUUUUAGAGUUAUGUAUUUUCUUUUGAUUUGUUAUUAAUUGUUAUAGCUUUAAAAUCUUCAAAAUUUGUCUUUAAUCUCGUCUUGCUGCUGUGUGCUUGACUUGGAACUCUUCACCUUUUUGUAUUUAAGAACUCAAUGAACAAUGUUAGAAUUAAUAUGGUAAAGGUUGAAUCGACUUACUUCUGACAUUACUUUGGUUAUAAAAGGGUCUAGUUAAAGAAAAUAUAUAUAAAUUUUUACGAUAAAACCUAAACAUAUGAAAUGGCUUCCGUACUAAUUGAAGACUCCCAAAUUAGUUUGUAUCCAACACAAGUCGUAUUAGAGAUUUUAAAUUAAGAACAUAGCUAUAAAUUCACUAAAGCAUAUAAUAUAACGGAUAUAAACGCGUAUUAAUUACAUUAUUUAUAUAAUUCAAAUUCAUGUGCACUUAAUCGAAAUACAUUGUACCAUCAGUAUACAGAGUAAGUCGAUUGUACCAUCUUUGCGCAAAUGAAUUUAUCAGGGGAAAUGCUAAAUGCUACCUGAUAUAAAAUUCGUUUGGGCUCUCAAGUGUCGUUUAUAUACAGGACUCAUAAUAUACAUUUUAAAUCUACGGAAACAAAUUAUAUUUGGACCCAAAAAUCAACUAAAUAACACUUCUGUGCCACUUUUUAACAAUGUGAGCUUGCCUAUAUGAAUCAUAAUUUGAGGAAUAGAGAAUAAUUAACUAACUAUAAAUAUGUCAAAAAAGCUUAAUUUAAAAUAGCGCCAUCUAUAUUUCGUGUCAGUAAACUUUAAAUUUUAUCAGUAAAGUAUAGAUGGCGCAAUUUCAAUUUUAUUUUAAAACUCGUUAUUUUUAUCUGUCAUUUGUUUCCAAUUAUUGUAACCAAGGUGAUAAUUAAUUCUAUUGAGACGUUCAUUAUUGCAAUUGCUAUUGACAGUUACAGAUUAGUACUAGGCACAGGUGCAACGUUAUUCCCAUGUUUAUAAAAAAAGUGAUUGUCUGUUUGAACUGUUCUGAUUCUGAAACAUUCAGUCUCUUUAUCAAACGUAAACAUAUUUUGUAUAAAAAGGCAAACAGGUUGUCCCCGUACUGCAAAGGAAAAUAUCGCAAGACCGGCUUGUUAUAUACUUAAAACAAGGCGUACGCAAAAUUAAUGACAAAAUAAAAUGUAUAUUAUGAGUUCAUUGUAUAACAAUGUGUUCAAAUAAUGUCCAAGUUAGCCUUACCAGGAGCUGUGAGAUGAAUUUAGCGGAGAUUUAUAUAUUAUAAUUAUAGGACUGGCAUUUAUGUACUUUGAGUCUCAUAGAAUAAAAUCAAAUACUCAUCUUGAUAUAAAGAUGAUAUAACUCAAAAAAUCUGAACAUAUUUACACAAGUAUGGGCGGUAUAAUGUUGGUCGCGCGCCGAGCGACAGGAGAAUAAUGGUUGACAAUAUAAAUAGCCUUUAAAGAAGUAUUAUUUACAUAGAUUUAAGAUUAGUAAUACUCAUUUUUAUUGAUUUUCUGGUCUCAUACGAAGUCAUUGUCAAUUGUAUAUGCAUUAAGUCAGCGGCGUAGCGUGGGUGUUGGACGCCCGGGGCGGUUAACAAUUUUCCGUCCUCUUAUUUAGGUAUUUUAAUUUAAUGUAUGUUAUGUAUAGUAACAUAUAUAUUUUAGAUAAGUUUUCUGCGAGAAAAUUUCGUUGACUUAUCAUUAUCGCUGUUUAUGGUCAUAAACAAUCCAAGCACAAAAAAACGGGGAAUCCCCGCAAGUAAUAAUAGACGGUAUUGCCAGCUAUCGCUACAAAAUAUGAUCUAAAGAAACGCGUUUCGUCGAAUACGUCACAGAAUAAGUAAUGAAACAUUUCGUGCUAUUUUCAAUCGGUCCGAAUUUGUAGUUGCGAUAAAAUUAUGGAAUGGUUGAAAUAUAGUAUUGUCUUUUGUUAAAAUAGCUUUUACAUAUUAAGAAAAACUUCUUUGAACGGAUUAAAGCUAUGUA